CUGCCCUACUCUUUGGACUUAGCAGCAUCUGAGGGGGGUAUUUAGGAUUGCCCCAACCUAUCAGCACAGGCAGUUCUCGCCUUCAGUGCGGAUCUUGUCAGCUGUCUGUCCCAGCCCAAGCAAUGGGAACACCACUGCUCCUCUUAGUCCUGACCCUGCUCCCAGUUGCAGCUGCAGCAAGCCUGGAACCUCAUUAUAUGGUGGUGUUCCCUGCUGUCAUUCACCAUUCCCAAGAGGAGAAGCUCUAUAUUCACUUCAGCUCCCUAACUGAGACCGUCCACCUGGCUGUCACCUUGCAGGCAACAACCCAGAAUCACACACUGGUGCAACAAGAUGUGGAGAAGCCAGGCACCUUUCAGUGCAUCACCUUCCAGGUGCCAGAGUUCAAGUUUGUACCCACGGAAAGAAAUGAUUACACAUCACAGCCAGAGGAGGUGGCUUUUCUGCAUGUCCUGAUCCACAGCGGGGACAGUGUACUCUUUGAGGGUCAGAAGAAAGUUCUGGUCAGGCCCCAGAAGAAUGUAAUUCUGAUAGAGACAGACAAGAACUUAUACAAACCUGGACAAACAGUGAAAUUUCGAAUUGUGAACCUUGAUGAGGACCUUAAGGUCAUUGAAAAUGAGUAUUCCCAGAUAUGGCUUCAGGAUCCUGAACACAACCGUAUUGCUGAGUGGCUGAAUGUAAAGCCAAGUCAUGGCAUUGUGGAUCUGUCCUUUCCCCUGGCAUCCGAAGCAUCCCUUGGGAAGUAUACCAUCUCAGUGCAACAAGACAUGGCUCGGAAAACCUUCAGUGUUGAAGAAUAUGUGCUGAAAAAAUUUGAAAUAAAGAUUGAGCACCCUCCAUUUAUCACUACAGCAGAUGAGGAAUUUCAUCUGCAGAUCUGUGGCAAGUAUACCUAUGGGAAGCCCGUUCAAGGGAGCAUAGAUUUAAUCCUUAUGACAUUCUCCCAGGCCAUGGAAGACAAUAUACCAGAUUCUACUGAUAUGAGGAAACAAAACAGCUGGACAAACAAGAAUGGCUGUGCUACUUUUACAGUGAAGACAGAAGCUUUGGAAAUAAAUGAAGCUGACAGCUUCAUAAUUGCAGUAGGAAAAAUGGUGGAAAAUGGAACAGAGGCACAUUCUGCAGAAUCAGUUCUAAUUCCUGUUGCAACAAUAAUGAAAUCUAUAGAGUUUAUCAACCUCCAUCCGUUCUACAAACGUGGUUUACCAUACACAGGGAAGAUGUUCUGCUCCAGUGGCAAGUCUCCCCUCAGAAAUGAAACCGUCUACCUAAAAGUUGAUGUCAACGAUGAGGAGACACACCUGUCACUCCUCACAGAUGACAAAGGGGAAGCUCACUUCUCACUGGAUACUACCAGCUGGAACAGCACGCUGGUUGCGCUGACGGGUACCUACAACCUUAAAAGUCGUGAUAACCAAGAUUCUUCUGAAAGCUACACAGAAGUUGAGGAUAGCUUACACUGGCUGAAACCUUUCUACUCUGAGAGCAACAGUUUCCUUGAGAUCAAGGCCAAGAAUGAUGUGAUGCCCUGUGAUCAAGAGCAGGAAGUGCAAGUGGAUUAUAUACUUGACCGGAAUAAACUCAGAUCUGAAGAAGACCACAUUGAUUUCUACUAUUUGGUGAUAGCAAAAGGCAAGAUCCUUUUCAGCAGAGAGAAGAAGGUGCCAAUUACCCAGCAUGAGAAUUUGCAGGGCUCCUUCUCAUUGCCUCUGACUAUUGGCAAUGACUUCCUCCCUGACAUCAAGCUCCUGGUGUAUGCAGUCUUCUCGGAUGGAGAGGUGGUGGCUGAUGUGGAGCAGUUUGAACUAGAAAAGUGCUUUAGACACAAGGUUUCACUGGAAUUCUCACACAAGGAGGAAGUCCCUGGAUCAGAAGUUGGACUGAACAUCAAGGCUGCUCCAGGGUCCUUGUGCUCUGUCCGAGCUGUUGACAAAAGCGUUCUCCUGAAGAAUAACAAUACCCUAACAGCAGACAGCUUGUAUGAUGAGAUCUUUGAAGACAGUUUCACAAUUGGAGGACGAGGGUUCCCUUAUCACUUGGAAGACUUUGAGGGAUACCCUUGUCUGCCCCAGCAGCCCAGCCUCCACAGAAAGGCUCGGAUGGGUGCACCGUGGUACCAAAGUGAGGCUGAUGUCUUUAAUCUGCUUAAGAGACUGCGCAUGAAAAUAGUAACCAAUACUAGAAUCAAGAAACCAGUUUCCUGUGUACGGCCAGACUUUGAGACAAAGAUACUCAAGAUGGAAAAUCAUAUUGUUGAUACUACUUGCUUUCUAGCUGACAAUCUUGCUGCCCGUGCUGGUUCUGAACCUCACUCUGGUGACAAGAAGAAGCCAAAACCACGGACACUUUUCCCAGAGACCUGGAUUUGGGAUUUGGUUUCUGUCGGGGGCAAUGGGCAAGCGUCUCUCCAAGUUGCUGUACCUGACACCAUCACGGAAUGGAAUGCCAACACCUUCUGUGUUGCUGAUACUGGCUUUGGUUUCUCACCGCUGACCACUCUUAGGGUCUUCCAGCCUUUCUUUGUGGAUCUGUCACUGCCAUACUCUGUGAUCCAAGGAGAGACUUUCAGCUUAAAAGCCACUGUCUUUAACUACCUCAAGGACUGUAUGCAGAUCCGCACCACCCUCACAGAGACUCCAGAACUAAAGGUGGAUGCCUGUCCAAGCUGCCAGUUCACCAGCUGCCUCUGUGCCAAUGAAGCAAAAACCUUUGAGUGGAAUGUGACAGCCACCAGGCUGGGCAAAGUGAAUGUCACUGUAAGCAGCAUGGCAGAAGAUUCACACAGUCUGUGUGGUAACGCAAUUGUUGUCACACCUUUGCAAGGAGGGAGAGACACAGUGAUAAAACCUCUGCUUGUGAAGCCAGGAGGAGUCCUGCAAGAGAAGACCCAAAAUGCCUUUCUCUGCCCUUCAGAUAACACCGUCUCUGAAGAGUUCUCCCUGACUCUGCCUGCAGAAGUGCUGGAGGGAUCUGGCCGAGCCACUUUCUCAGUGAUUGGUGACAUCAUGGGUCCAGCACUUCAAAAUUUAGACCAACUGCUAAGCAUGCCCUUUGGCUGUGGUGAACAGAAUAUGGUUCAGUUUGCACCAAACAUCUUCAUACUCCAGUACCUGAAUAAGACUAAACAACUGAAUGCAGAAAUUAAAGAUAAAGCACUGAAAUUCCUGACAACAGGUUACCAGCGUCAACUGCUCUACAAACAUGACGAUGGCUCCUACAGCGCCUUUGGGAAAGGCGAUGACCAGGGCAACACAUGGCUGACAGCUUUUGUAGCCAGGUCCUUUGGACAAGCCAGCUCUUACAUUUACAUCGAUAAGGAUCACGUGCACAGUGCUCUGCUCUGGCUGCAGAAGCACCAGCUGCCCAGUGGCUGCUUUGAGAGUGUGGGGAAGCUCUUCAACAAUGACUUGAAGGGUGGUGUGGACGACACAAUCUCAUUAACAGCCUAUAUCACUGCUGCACUGGUGGAACUCCAUCUGGAGAAAAAUGACACCAUGUUGGAUAAUGCCUUACACUGUCUUAAGAACGUAACACUUGAUAAGACAAGCCUUUAUGUCAAGGCUUUGAUGGCUUAUGUCUUCACGCUGAGUAAGGACAUGGAGAAGAGAGAGCAGCUCCUGGAUAUGCUAGAGAAGGAAACGGCAGAGCUACUGGCAUCCCAUUCUGGUGGUGAAGAAUCUUCUUCUAUGAUUGAGACAGUAGCCUACAUUGUCCUGGCUCAUGUCUCCAAACCAGACUCGUCACUCAAUGAAGCAUCAGUGAGCAAGCUUGUGCGCUGGCUCAGUAGACAGAGAAAUGCCUUUGGAGGAUUUGCUUCCACACAGGACACAGUUGUUAGCCUGCAGGCCCUCGCUCAGUAUGCAGCCCUGAUUCCUCAGGAGAUCAGAGAUGUAAAGGUGAUGGUGAAAGGCAAGGAGUCUUCUCCAUUGGAGUUCCACGUGCACAAGAACAACAAGUUGGUCCUGCAUCAGGCAUCUCUCCUCGGUGUCCCAGGGACGUACACAGUGCAAGCAACUGGCAGCGGCUGCGUUUAUGUACAGACCACUUUGUUCUAUAACACCCCACCACCAAAAACAGAAGAGGUCUUUGUCCUGGAUGUGGAAACAGUACCAAGAGAAUGUGAUGGAGUCAGGAAAGAGCUUGACAUCCAUCUGUCUGUCAGUUAUGUAGGGGACCGUGGGACCAGUAACAUGGCCCUAGUGGAAGUGGAGAUGCUGUCAGGGUUCAUUCCUGUGCAGAGCUCUGUGAAAGAGCUGGAGAAGAUACCCCUAGUGAAAAAGACAGAGAUAAAACCAGACCAAGUCACAAUCUACUUGGAAGAGCUGGGUGAGACUUCUCUGAAGCUUAACAUCUCAGUGGAACAAGAUGUUGAAGUGCAGAAUCUGAAAGCAGCAACAGUGCAUGUCUAUGACUACUAUAAGCCAGAUGAACGCACAGCAAGAGAAUAUGUUUUCCCUUGCAGUUCAGAUGUCUCGAAGAAGGUUUCUCAGUAGUAUCCCCUACCUCUGCAACCUGAGUUUUCUGCUUCUGUAAGGAAAACUUCAUUGCUCUUCCCUGCUGUAUUGGAAACACCCUAUUUCCUUUCAUCUAUGCCCUAAACGUCUCUGUGAUACCUGACUUGACACACAGUAGUAUGGGGCUCAACUGAAAUAAAGUAUGUGCAACCUGGAAAAAAGGCAGUGACUUGACAGUUGAUGAAAAUUUCAAUGCCUGAAAAAGAGAAACAUUGUGCCCAUCAUGGUUACGUACUUUGCUUUCCAUUGCCUUAGCCGUUUAACUCUCUCUCUUUCCCAAGUCCCAUCUCUGAGCUACAUUUUCAAUUUAGUUAACAGGACAGUCCACAACCAAACUCCAAGCAAGAGAAAACAAAACAAAACAAAAACCCCAA